GUUCCCUCUCAUUCCUCCGAAUUCAGUAGUUUGAGGAAGACGUGUGAGUGUGUGUCGUACAAUCUGAAAAUUCCCGAGAAAGUCUUCGGUGCAAUACAAAGGGGGGUUGCAGACACACCCCGUACGAAAAUUAAUGCAAAGCGUGCACGCGGUCGUCCCGUAUUUCGUCCCCGCAGACGACGGCGAUCGAAGGGUGCGUUGAAGACAAAAAGUGCGUUCCCACCUCCUGUUGUCGUUUCUUCGUCUGUGUUGUGCUCAUUAUUAUUUAGCCAUAAUUAAUGGAAACGGGUCGUUCACGGCCCGAAUCACCGGGUACCCACAUAAACAGUCAAGCUGGAACUAAUGGAACUAGAAAACAUUGUCGCGAACACAGUUUACCUCAAAGCACGAGAGGGUGGUUCCGAUAGUAACAAGGGCAAGAGUAAGAAGUGGCGCAAAAUCUUACAAUUCCCUCACAUCUCUCAAUGUAUCGAAAUUAUAAAUAGAAUAGAUGUACGUUAUGAAUAUAUCAUAGAUAAGCAACCGAUCGGAAAAAUACUAUUUAGGCAAUGGUGUGAGGCGAAACAAUCUCAUUAUCAUCGAUGUAUAAAGUUUCUAGAGUUAACCGAACGAUAUGAGGUCGAGACGGACGAGCAACGAAUGGAACUCGCCGCAUCGAUCAAAAAAGAUUUCAUGGCUGGUCAUGAAGGGGAGGAGACACUAUCCCUACCCGAGGUCGGCAUCGAACUAACCGUCGGCGAUAAACUCACCAACGGCCAUAAGGAACUCUUCGUUCCUUGCAUACAAGCUGUCAAAGCGUUCUUAGCAGGAGAGCCAUUUAAAGACUUUACGAAUUCGCUGUACUUCCACCGGUAUUUGCAGUGGAAGUGGUUGGAGUCGCAGCCGAUCACUUACAAAACGUUUCGCAUGUAUCGUGUCCUGGGCAAGGGCGGUUUCGGGGAGGUGUGUGCGUGUCAGGUUAGAGCGACCGGUAAAAUGUACGCGUGUAAAAAGUUAGAAAAGAAACGGAUAAAGAAACGUAAGGGCGAAGCAAUGGUAUUAAUCGAAAAACAAAUCUUACAAAAAAUCAAUUCGCGAUUUGUAGUGAAUCUCGCGUACGCCUACGAAACAAAAGACGCCCUGUGCCUCGUGCUAACGAUCAUGAACGGCGGUGACUUAAAGUUUCACAUUUACAAUAUGGGAGGCGAGCCCGGUCUCGACAUCGUUCGGGCGCGAUUUUACGCGGCCGAGGUCGUGUGCGGCCUAGAUCACCUGCACCAGCAGGGCAUCGUGUACAGAGACUGUAAGCCCGAGAAUAUUCUUCUAGACGAUGCGGGACACGUUAGAAUAUCGGAUUUGGGAUUGGCGGUCGAUAUACCUGAAGGUGAAUCAGUUAGAGGAAGAGUCGGUACCGUCGGUUACAUGGCACCCGAAGUGAUCGACAACGAAAGGUACACAUUCUCGCCCGAUUGGUUUAGUUUCGGCUGCCUACUGUACGAGAUGCUCGAGGGUCAGGCGCCCUUUCGCGCCCGCAAGGAGAAGGUUAAACGGGAGGAGGUCGAUCGGAGGGUGAAAUCCGAACCCGAAAAGUAUUCGAAUAAGUUUAGCGAAGAUGCCAAAUCGUUGUGCCAACAGUUGCUGGCGAAGAGUCCCGCCCAACGUCUCGGAGGUAAAGUCGGAAGGUUGGGCGCCUCGUUAGUCAAGCAACACUCGUUCUUCCACCCGAUAAAUUGGAGGCGGCUGGAGGCCGGAUUGGUCGAAGCGCCUUUCGUUCCUGACCCGCACGCAGUUUAUGCCAAGGACGUACUGGACAUUGAGCAAUUCUCGACAGUGAAAGGUGUAAAUAUUGACGCAACCGACUCGACGUUCUACAGUAAAUUUAAUACCGGUUGCGUGUCAAUUCCUUGGCAAAAUGAGAUGUUAGAGACGGAUUGCUUUAGACAAUUAAAUGUGUUUGGUCCCGGUGGAUCUCGAACACCGGAUCUGAUAUUAAACGUGGUUAGUGCUCCAGAAAAUAAUGGCUGUUUUCCGUUUAGGAGAAAGAAAAAGCAGCCGGCUCGAUUGCGCCCGAUACCUAUUAAUCCAAUGUUUCUUCCUCAAGGUACAGAAAGCUGAUGUAACGUCUGUAACUUGGAUUUGUACUACGCCAUUUUUACAAAUAUUUCGUCUUCGUCUUCCUCAAGUACUGCACAAUCACUUAUUUCGUUAAAUAAACCAAAACAAUUCAGUUGUAGGUUGUUUGUAUUUUGUACCUGUGCACGUUUCGUAUUUCAGUAAGUGACCGAUUACGUAAAAAUAAUUGUAUAAAUUGCGCUUGCUUUACAAUUUUGAUAAAAAGUAACAUUUUUUUACCGUCGAGUUGGAUGUCGUCACUUUCCAAUUUGUUAAUUACUGAAAUGCGAAGAUUAGUAAUGACUAGGUGUCACAAAUAGGGCAUUGCGUUUAUAUAACUGAAUGUAUUCUCAUUCCACAACUACAAACAUGUAACGUACAUUAAUGUAUGGUAAGUUAUAGUUAGGUAAUUGAUGUAUUUAAAAAGACCAUUAUAUUGUUUUAUUGUGAUAUUAAACUUUGCGUUUUAAAUGUA